CUCGCGGCUCCACACUUUGCCUAGACCUAGACGCGGCCGAGCUGGGGACAGCUAAUUACAGAGAGCUGCUGCUGCUGGCUUCGGGGCGCCCUGGCUUGGCCUCUCUAGCGGCACUACUGUGCUUGCUGGGCUCAAGUUGACGGGACUUUUCCGAGAGUAUCUGCAAGGCCUUAAAAGAAACUUGGGGGUCCGGGCCGGCGGGAGCUUCCCCUACCCCACGCCCAAGCCUCCAGGGGUCGGCCUGGCCAGGGUGCGCUCUGGCGCGCAGUGGGCACCGCUCUGGCUUAGCAGAGACCAGAGUCGGGGGAAACUUUCCUGCCCACUGAAAAGACUUUGGGGGAGACAGGGCCAAGGGACAGAGGGGCGUCGGCAGGGGUCUGCGCGGCAGGAGGGGCCCUGCGCGCCGCGCCGCGCUGAGCGCUCUGGCCGGGCGUCUCCACCUCUUCUGGCGCCCGACCUGUGAGCGCGGCCCCACUUCCAGCUCCGCAGCCCCGAGGUGAGCGCGUGUGAGCGCCGGACUCUCGAGCCGCCUUCGCGGGACCCAGCCUGGCCACGCCGCCCCGACGGGAUGCCCGCAGCCAUGCUGCCCUACGCGUGCGUCCUGGUGCUGCUGGGAGCUAGUACCACAGAGCCAGCUGGGGCCACAGAGAGCAGCCGCCUGCGCUGGGAGCCCCACUGCCAGCAGCCGGUGUCCGAGGGCUCGCCUGUCACUGCUGUCUUGCCUCCCCGCCUCGAUGGGCCCUGGAUCUCCACUGGCUGCGAAGUGCGCCCGGGCCCGGAGUUCCUCACCCGAUCCUACACUUUCUACCCCAACCGACUCUUCCGUGCCUACCAGUUCUACUACGGGGACCCCUCCUGCCAGGAGCCCACCCACUCGCUGCUCAUCAAGGGCAAAGUGCGCCUGCGCCGGGCCUCCUGGGUCACCCGCGGUGCCACCGAAGCUGACUACCACCUGCACAAAGUGGGCAUCGUCUUCCACAGCCGCCACGCCCUGCUUGAUGUCAUCGAGCGCCUCAACCAGACUUGGGUGGGCCAGGACUGCGUGGGGCGGCUACCGCAGGCCACAGCCUGGCUGCCCGGGGCACUGUAUGAGCUCCCCAGCGCCAGGGCGCAGGGGCACUGCAUGGCAGCGCUGGGCUUCAGCAUGCACGAGCUCAGUCUGGUCCGCGUGCAGCGCCGCCUGCAGCCGCAGCCCCGGGCCGUGCCCCAGCUGGUCGAGGAGCUCUACCUGGGGGACAUUCACACGGACAGAGCAGAGAGGCAGCACUACCGGCCCACAGGGUACCAGCACCCACUGCAGAGCGCCCUGCACCACGCGCGGCCCUGCCCCGCCUGCGCCCUGGUGGCCCGCGCCGACGAGCACCACCCGCCCGUGCUGCCGCGCGCCCCGGCCGUGCCGCUGCGCCUGGGCGGCCGCUGGGUGAGCGCGGGCUGCGAGGUGCGCCCGGCCGUGCUCUUCCUCACGCGGCUCUUCACCUUCCACGGCCACAGCCGCGCCUGGGAGGGCCGCUACCGCCACUUCUCCGACCCCGCCUGCCGCCAGCCCACCUUCACCGUCUACGCGGCCGGCAGCUACAGCCGGGGCGCGCCCUCCGCCAGGGUGCGCGGCGGCACCGAGCUGGACUUCGAGGUCACGCGCGUCCGCGUCACGCCCAUGGACCCGGUCACGGCGGCGGUGCUGAACGCGUCGGAGCCGGGCAGCUGCGGGGCCCCCGGGGCCUGGGCGGUGGGCGUCGAGCGCGACGUCACGGCCACGCAGGGCUGCGCGGCGCUGGGCAUCCGGCUGCCGCACGUGGAGUACGAGCUCUUCAAGGUGGAGCGCGACGCGCGCGGCCGCAGCCUGCUCUUCAUCGGCCAGCGGCCCUCGGACGGCUCGAGCCCCGACACCCCCGAGAAGCGCCCCACCUCCUACCAGGCGCCCCUGGUGCUGUGCGCCCGGCCCCCCGGCUCCCGCGCCCCGCGCCCCCCGGCUACGCCCUCCCCGCCGCUGCAGCUGCUGGUCGCCGGGCUGGCCCUGCGCGGGGCGCUAUGACGCCGGCCUCGUGCUGGACGGCAGGGGGACACCCGGGUCCUCCUGCGGCCACCUCCGGCCCCUGCCCGCCGGGCUUCGGAACCGCACCCCGAUCUCCCCUCCGCUCCCCGGCAGCUGGGCCACCCCGGCGGCCCUGCCCACUGUCCGCUGCCCACUGCCCACUGCCCACUGUCCACUGCCCACUGCCCCCUCUCCCUUCCCUUGGGACUGUGGGAUGUCACCCAGAAGAGACCCGGGACUCUGUCCCGGACGACGCCUGCUGCUCCCCCGCACCUGCGGGGUGCGGUUUACAGUUUCCUAACUCAGAUUUAGCAACGCACACCCCAAACGGGCCGUGAUUAAAGAUGCCGCGUGGGACUCUGGCAAA